GGGUCGCGAGUCUGCGCAGUAGGCGGAAGUGCGCCGGAGCGUGUGGCCGGUUGUUCUCCAGUCCUGCAGCUCCGCAACCCAGCGGGCGCUGCCGCCGCCGCCGCCGUCGAGAUGCCGAUGAAGGGGCGCUUCCCCAUCCGACGGACUCUGCAGUACCUGAGCCGGGGCGACAUCGUGUUUAAGAGCUCGGUCAAGGUCAUGACCGUGAAUUACAACACCCACGGGGAGCUGAGCGAAGGAGCCAGGAAAUUUGUGUUUUUCAACAUUCCUCAGAUUCAGUACAAAAACCCCUGGGUGCAGAUCAUGAUGUUCAAGAACAUGACGCCAUCACCCUUUCUGCGCUUUUAUUUAGAUUCCGGUGAGCAGGUCUUGGUGGACGUGGAGGACAAGAGCAACAAAGAGAUCGUGCAGCACAUCAGAAAGAUCCUGGGGAAGAAUGAUGAAGUCCUCAAGAUGGAGGAGCUAGAGAAAAAGAAGCUCUCUCACCCAGCUAACUUUGGACCCAAAAAAUAUUGCCUGCGGGAAUGUAUCUGUGAAGUGGAAGGACAGGUCCCCUGCCCUGCCAUUGUGCCUUUGCCUAAAGAGAUGACUGGCAAGUACAAAGCUGCUAUGAAAGCCAAUGCUCAAGACUGAGGGCCCAUGGUGGAGGCUUCUGGUGCCUGGGACACUUGAGCCUGUGCCGAAAGCCCAAGGCCUUAGAGACCAGGUGAUGGAGAGCCAGCCGCUGGUAAGCUCCCAGGCCAGCCCACGCUACCUCGUGUGCAAAAAGACCCAUUUUAGACACUAGCACAAGGCCAGAGGAGCAAGAAGACAAAGCAAAGCUGGGGGGGUAUAUGUGAAAAGCCUUAAUUUGCUAAUAAAGCACUAGUUCCCUAAUCGUA